UAUGUCACACAGACAUUGCUAGAUGUACAGAAUACACGCUGUAUGUAUGAGGUUCUUGAAUUAUUCAGAUUCAUUGCUUUAUUACAUGUUCAGGAUUAUUUAAACUCAUUUGGGCUGCCAAACCUACAUCACUUAAAUGUCUAUAACUUGUAAAAAGAUUUUUUUCAUUUAUUAAUUGUCAACACAUUAUGGCAUUAUUUGAUCUACAACAGCACCAUCUACUGGUUACAGCCAACUUGUUCUUGAUCUGUAUAACAUCUUUCUGAUCAGUUCCUCACUUAUAAACUGGUUAUAGCAUAAAUUUCAAAUAUUAAACUGAAACGAUAAUUAGUGUAAGUGUUUCUUUAACUUGUCCAUCAGGCUGCAUAACAUGUUCAAAGACAGAUAUGACAUAACAAUGGUAAUAUAACAACAGAUGGUAAUACCUGACUUGUUAUCAGGUCUGAUGUGCCAUAAAGAAAAGACGUUUUACAGUUAACCAUUAACAUCAUACGACUUUAACCCUGAAAGACCGCGGAAGAGAACAUCACCUCAGCCACACGAAGUUCUCAUCCAAACGUAAGUGCAGUUUCUUAUGUGUGUGUGAUCCAGUUUCGGAUAAGUAGAGUUUUUUUUUGCUUUCUGAUUUGUGUUAUAUACUGAUAAAAGGUAAGUUAGUUCUGAGAAAAGUUUGUGUAGCAUAUGUUUCAAAUCCAACUUGAUUUGUUAUUUUGUUAUGCAAUGACAUUUUAAAGUGUGCCAGAAAGUCCAAAUAUUUUAGGCCGCAGUGUGUCAUUGCUUUAUUAAACUAUAUUUGAAAUAUGUCAUCUUGCCUUGUUUACUACUCUGUGUAUUUUGUCAUUUUUAAACAGACACUAGAGAGGAUAGUGGUGAAAAUGAGUGACAUAGAUGAUGAUAGCGAAAUAUACUUCUCGGUUAAAUUUUUGGGUCGUAUGCAGGUGGUCCGUCCAGGUGGGAUGCAGAUUCUGACAGAUGCAGUACAAGCCCUACAGGAUCCAAACCUAGAAAUGGAUGAGAAAAUGAAGAAAACUAAAGUACAUCUGUUUCUGACCAGAAGUGCUAUUGACAUUCUAGAGCAUAAAACAAAGUUCAUGCUGUACUCCUGCGCUCUGCCCUCUGUUUCUUUCUGCGCAGUACAUCCGACUCAGCCCAAAAUACUUGGCUUUGUGGCCAGACACCCAGCAGCGGACAUGUACCACUGCUACAUCUUCCAGAGCAAGAAGUUUUCCCAUCUGCUGGUGUCUAUCAUUGGUGACACCUUUCAGGCUUAUAAGCAGAAUGAAAGUCUACAAGGCAAUCGUGACCUGGUGGUGGAGGCCCUGAGACACAAGAAUAAGGUACUGGAGCGAGAGAAUGCCGAGCUGAAGAGGAGACUGCAAGCCAAUGGAGAAAACGCUGGUGGAGACAUUCAUGAAAAUGAGUCUGAUCUUGAUCAAAUUUCAGCUCGAUCAGGACAGGGUAUGUACACAACACACACAUCAUCCGUAUGUGACCCUGGACCACAAAACCAGUCUUAAGUGUCAAGUGAGAUUAAUACAUCAAGCUGAAUAAAUAAGCUUUCCAUUGAAGUAUGGUUUGUUAGGAUCGGACAAUAUUUGGCUGAGAUACAACUAUUUGAAAAUCUGGAAUCUGAGGGUGCAAAAAAAUCUAAAUAUUGAGAAAAUCGCCUUUAAAGUUGUCCAAAUGAAGUUCUUAGCAAUGCAUAUUCCUAAUCAAAAAUGAAGUUUUUAUACAUUUACAGUAAGAAAUUUACAAAAUAUCUUCAUAGAACAUGAUCUUUACUUAACAUUCUAAUGAUUUUUGGCAUAAAAGAAAAAUUGAUAAUUUUGACCCAUGCAAUGUAUUUUUGGCUAUUGUUAUAAAUACACCCCAGCGACUUAAGAGUUGUUUUGUGCUCCAGGGUCACAUAUAUGCAUAUCCUUGUGAGGACUUCCUGUUUACGCUGUUUGUAAUGGUUUUUGUACCUUAACAGUAUAAUUUAGACAUUAUUUACUUUGAAUGUAUGAGGAAUCCCACCAUGUUUUGUCGUGGUUUUGCUCGUCUUCUCAUGAAAUUAAUCACCAUAAGUUGACAUUGCUAAGAUGAUUGGUGAUAUGCAGUCUUUUGAUUUA